AUGUUCCCAGCCUGUUCUUGUUGUACAAACGGUAUAACCGUUUUCUGUCUUUGUGUCUUGUGUCUUGUGCUAUGUGUUUAUGUUAAGCUUAUCACAUUGGAAUCGAAGCGCAUCCUGGAUUUACAAACCCCGACUGCCCUCAGGGAGCAAGAAAACAGCGGACCUUACUGUGGGGUGUCAAAAUAA